CUUGACUCCCUUAUAGACAACAUGUACUUCAACGUGCGCGUGGCUCUGCUGGCCUUGGUGGUGAUGCUGGUGGUGGCACUAACCAUGGCCCACCCUGAUCCUGGCUACGGCAAGGGCCACGGUGGUGGAUAUGGCCAUGGUGGCCAUGGGAAAGGUCAUGGUGGGGGCUAUGGAAAAGGUCAUGGUGGGGGCUAUGGAAAGGGCCAUGGCGGAGGAUAUGGCAAAGGGCAUGGCCAUGGUGGAGGAUAUGGCAAAGGGCAUGGCCAUGGUGGAGGCUAUGGCAAGGGGCAUGGCCAUGGUGGAGGCUAUGGUAAGGGGCAUGGACACAGCGGCGGCUACGGACAUGGUGGACACGGGGGUUAUGGCGGUUACCACUAGAAGCUGUGACGUCACGAUAAAUGGCUUAAUAAAAUAAACGAUUACGGGAAUAAA